GUCACUUCCGCUUCUUCUUCCACGGUUUCUGCUGGCUGCGGCGGCUGCGGUUGUGGUUGUGUCUGUGGCGGCUGCGGUUGUUCCGUUUCCUCCACUUCUUCGUUCUCCCAAGAACUCAGCUCCGUUUUUUCUUCCUCGAUGAUGUCUAUUUUCUACAAGACACACACUGCAACCUUGGUUUCCUGACAUGAGACACAUCAUUUCAGAUCCUUCUAUAACAAUAACGAAGAACUCUACAACCCAGUGCAAAGCUGAUUUACAGCCUAAACAUGUUGAACCACGAGAUUAACAACAAUGACUCUAGUACAUUCCAUUUUUACAUAAUUAGUUUUUUAAUUGCUCUGUGCAGUAUGUUCAUUAAGAUGCCACAGAUUAAAAACAUUCUUCACGCCAAGAAGGCCAAAAGUGUCAGUUUGCGGGCAGUGUUGACCGAGACUUGCGGCCAUUCCAUUGUUCUGGUGUACCAUUUUGCCAUGAGUUACCCCUUCACCAGUUAUUCCGAAUAUAUCUUCUUGGUGCCGCAAGAUUUAAUUCUCCUGUGUCUUUUGCUCUACUACAACGAUAGAUUCGACAUGAGAGUUGUAACUGGAUUCAUGGUCUAUUUCUUCAGCUGCAUUUUCUUAGCUUCUGGAGUUAUAUCGAAUGCUGUAUUAAAAGUCGCAAUUAUUUUGGCCACACCCAUAUCUCUCUUCAGUAAAUCCCUUCAGAUCUAUUCCUUGCACCAGUCCAAAGACGUCGGUCAGUUAAGCCUCACCACCUGGUUUGCAACGACGGUUUGUUCAACAGCUCGUCUUUUAACCUCAUUCCAUGAAACUGGAGACCAUGCAGUAUCCAUCAACUUCCUCUGCAGCAUUCUGCUAAAUCUUGUCAUAAUGGCACAAAUAGUUUACUACAACCGGGUCAACAGGAAGGAGAAACUACCAUGAGGUAAAAAAAAAAACAACAAAAAACUGCUUAGAAAAAAAGAGAAAGAAAAUGAAUGGAAGUCUUUCUGAAGUCUUGCUUCUUCCCUUCCGGUAAUCUCUAUUCUAACAAUAUUUAUUACUUGAGGAAUGGAUGAUAAAUACAAGCAGCUGCUGAAGUUCUAAUCAGAUAUGGUCCCGCAGACAUAUGCAAAUUAAUAUCUCCAUGAGAAAAGAAGUUCUCUUAAAUGCUUUAUAUAAAAAAAAUAUAUUGACUUACUU